CAUUGUGAAAUUUUCUUCUGACACAGUGACAGUAACCAUACCCUCCCAGCUCCAACAUGUGUGACGAUGAAGUAGCAGCAUUGGUCGUUGACAACGGCUCUGGCAUGUGCAAAGCUGGCUUUGCUGGCGACGAUGCUCCCCGCGCCAUUUUCCCAUCGAUCGUCGGACGACGCCGUUAUCUGGGCCACAUGGUCGGCCAGGACUCGUACGUUGGUAACGAGGCCCAAUCCAAGCGUGGUAUCCUCUAUUUGAAGUACCCAAUUGAGCAUGGAAUCGUCACCAACUGGGAUGACAUGGAAAAGAUCUGGCAUCACACUUUCUACAACGAGUUGAUUGUCAAACCUGAGGAACACCCCGUCCUCUUGACCGAAGCUCUUCUCAACCCCAAGGCCAACCGCGAGAAGAUGACUCAGAUCAUGUUCGAGACCUUCAACGUCAAGGGCUUGCACGUCGCAAUCCAGGGCGUUUUAUCGCUGUACGCUCUCGGUCGUACCACCGGUAUCGUGCUGGAUUUCGGUGAUGGUGUAUCCCACACCCUCCCCAUUUGCGAAGGUUACGCCAUUCCUCACGCUAUCCUGCGUCUAGGUCUCGCUGGCCGUGAUCUGACCGAUUACUUGAGGACGAUCCUGACUGAACGCGGCCACUACUUCACCACCACUGCGGAAAGAGAAAUCGUUCGUGACAUCAAGGAGAAGCUCUGCUACGUCGCCCUCGACUUUGAACAGGAGAUGGCCACCACCGCCUCCUCCACCUCCCGUGAAAAGUCAUACGAGCUUCCCGACGGUCAGGUCAUCACCAUCGGCAAUGAGCGAUUCCGUUGCCCCGAGGCUCUCUUCCAGCCAAGCUUCUUGGGUAUGGAGUCUUGCGGCAUCCACGAGACCACCUACAACUCGAUCAUGAAGUGCGACGUCAAGAUGCGUAAGGAUCUGUACGCCAACAUCGUCCUGUCUGGAGGUACCACCAUGCACCCAGGUUUUGCUGACCGCAUGGAGAAGGAAAUCAUCGCCUUGGCUCCAUACACCAUGAAGAUCAAGAUCAUUGCUCCCCUCAAGCGCAAUCAUUCCGUCUGGUUCGGUGGCUGCGUCUUGGCCUCUCUGUCCACCUUCAAAGAGAUGUUGAUUUCCAAACAAGAGUACGACGAGUCCGGACCUUCCAUCGUCCACAGGAAAUGUCCCUGCCCCCAGCUACUACACUGAAGCUCCCAAGUACUGCACUACCAAGGCACCCGAGUAUUUUACCACUACUUACGCUGCUCCGUCCUACUACACCGAAGCUCCGAGGUUUUACUCUACCCCGAGUUACUACACCCCUAAGGCACCUGAAUAUUACACCACAACCUACGCUUCCCCAACUUACUACAAGGACGCUCCUAAAUACUAGAGUCGAAUUUUCAAUUUUAAUAAUUAUGUUCAGAUUUAUUGGGUCAUAUCUUGAAAGUUACUAGUCACUGGGAAUUGUUGUUGAUCUUUAAUGAGAAAAUAAAUGUUCAAAUCUGGGUAA